UACGACAUUCGCUUUGUCGAAAGGGUUUACUCCUUCUUUUUUCUAGUCCAUCAAAGAUUUCCCAAUCUUCACCGUUGAAUCUCCAAAAUGGUGAACGUCACCUACGACGCUUCUGGAGACCUUCAGUGGUACGAUGCAGCUACAGACACCAACAUCGUUUACAACCUCGGUGAUAUUGCUUGGACUUUGGCUUCAACGGCCUUGGUAUGGAUCAUGAUUCCUGGUGUUGGUUUCUUCUAUUCUGGUUUGCUGCGGAGGAAAAAUGCUCUUUCCAUGAUUUACCUUAGCAUGAUGACUGUCGCAGUGGUCUCAUUUCAAUGGUUUUUCUGGGGAUAUUCUCUUGCAUUCAGUGACACCGCAAGUCCUUACAUUGGUGAUCUCAGGUAUUUCGGCCUGAAAAAUGUUCUCAAUCAACCAUCCGCCGGCAGUCCUCGAGUACCAGCUAUAGUGUUCUGCGUCUUCCAGCUUAUGUUCGCGGCAAUCACUCCUAUGCUUGCGAUUGGUGCUGUAGCAGAACGCGGCCGUCUGGGACCUUUGUUAGUCUUUGUCUUUGUCUGGUCAACAAUCGUAUACGACCCAAUCGCCUGCUGGACAUGGAACCCUAAUGGCUGGUCUUACAAGCUUGGGGGACUCGAUUUUGCUGGUGGAACUCCAGUACACAUCUCGUCCGGUACUGCUGCUCUUGCUAUCUCGCUCUAUCUUGGAAAACGUCGCGGAUAUGGGACUGAACGUCUUGCUUACAAGCCGCACAAUACCACCUACGUCGUUUUGGGAACUGUUUUCCUGUGGUUCGGAUGGUUCGGAUUCAACGGAGGCUCGGCACUCUCAGCCAACCUUCGUGCGACUGAGGCUUGCAUUGUCACCAACUUGGCUGCUAGCGUUGGCGGUUUGACCUGGAUGUUCUGGGAUUAUCGUCUCGAGCGCAAGUGGUCAGCUGUAGGAUUCUGUUCUGGUGCUAUUUCAGGACUCGUGGCUAUCACACCUGGGUCUGGUUUUGUUGGUGCUCCUGCAUCUGUUCUUUUCGGUUUCAUGGCCGGCACGGUCUGCAACUUUGCAACACAGCUCAAAUUCAUCUUCAAAUACGACGAUACUCUUGAUAUCUUCGCAUCCCAUGCGAUUGGUGGAGUUGUCGGUAACAUCUUGACUGGCUUAUUCGCCCAAGCAAGUAUCGCUGGUGCAGACGGGAUAACGUCAAUUCCUGGUGGCUGGCUCGACCACAACUACCGUCAGCUCGGUAUCCAGCUUGCAGACUCCGUCUCUGGUCUCUCAUAUUCAUUCGUCAUGACCACCAUCAUUCUUUGGAUCAUGCACUAUAUUCCAGGACUUCGUAUUCGCUGCGACGAGGAUGCUGAGAUUCUUGGUAUCGACGAUGCGGAGAUGGGCGAAUUUGCCUACGACUACGUUGGUAUUGAGUCUGAGUUGUUGCCCAGGCACGAGUACGAUCAAGGUGCUUCAGGAGGUGGACGAGAACCGCGCCAUACAGGCACGAGCUCGCAGGAGAGUGAUACUGAGAAAGAUUCUCAAGUUAUCCCAUCGACAGCGACUUGAUUGCUGUACAUUCUAAUCCAGGUGGAUUAAUGUUGUUAGCUGAAGGAACCCUACUAUUCUAUCAAUUGUUUGUCAUUCAUUUGUAGCCUGAUAUAUUUCUGCAUAGCUUAUUGUGCGCAUAAUUGCGCGUUGGAUAGAUCAAUGUACAUAUGUUCGUUUUCGAUGAGCGAAUACACUCCGUACUCUAUAUAUUU